CCCGUGAUUGGGCGUGGGCGCUCUCCUCCACCCUGUGAUUGGGUGUGGGCUCUAGUAGUCCCGCCCUCUCCCGAUAUGAACCCGGCGCCGCGCGGUUGCUUAGUGCCUCGGGGGUCUCGCUGCGGUAGCCGCUUUCCCGCCGUUUCCGGCUGCCGUAUGGCCCUCAGCCGUGAGCGCCUCGGUGCCCUUUUGGAGAGAACCGUUAAACUCACCUUAAGAUGUGGCGUCUUCCAGGGGGUGCUGCAGCACGUGAACCCCGACAGGAGCCUCCUUCUGCGGAGAGUGAAGAACUUGGAAACUGGCAGGAGCACUCCAGGAGUAAAGAUGUUUUUUGACCAUGAAAUAGUCAAUGUGGAAUUGCUGGAGGAACCAGAUUUGGGGAAGGGAACAGCAACAUUCUCUGAGUGCACUUCAGCUGUCGAAGGGAACAAACGCGCAGACGCAGGACCAUCAAAUUGUGACCCAUGGAGUUCUCUUUGCGAUUCCCUAGAAAGCCAGCUCAGAGCCUCAAAUAGCUUAAAAUACUCCCCCUCAGAGAAGGAGGAGGAAGAGAAUGUGAAGUACACAGUUGUUGAUUGUUCCCAGCAGUUUGGUCCAGCAGUGCUGCACCUGAAACAGCAGCGUGUUGUCAGUGUAGCAGGAGAAGGUGUUAAUUUGUGUCGUCAUGGAAAGCUGUCGUGGCUUGAGAUAGCAACAAGCAGCCAUAUUUUUCUAUUUGAUAUCUUCUUUCUGGGACCUUGGGCUUUCAAAAAUGGAUUACAAAUGGUGCUGGAAGAUAAAAACAUCUUGAAGGUCAUGCACGACUGCCGCUGGAUCUCAGACUGCCUCUUUCACCAGUACGGUGUCCUUCUCUCCAAUGUCUUUGAUACACAGGUUGCUGAUGCUCUGCAGUUCUCGGUGGCAACAGGCGGGUUCCUUCCACACCGUGUCUGCACGUUACAGGAGUGUUUGAUGCAGCACUUGAAGAUACCUUCCAAAUGGGACGCCAUCAUGAAGUGCGGGCAGUACAUGGCUUCAGAGAAUCCUGACAUAUGGUUCUUGAGGCCCUUUCCAGCUUCUCUGCUUAAAGCGUUUGCUCUGAAGGCGAGGUACCUUCUGCUGCUCCACUCAACUCUAAUGGAUAACUUGAUGUCUGACCUAACAGCUGUAGUACGUGGUUAUUUAAAUGCUUAUAGGACUGCAUUUGGGCAUCACCUUGAGAGGACAAAUGCCACUUGCAUGGAGCUGCCAGAGGAGCUGCGUCAGCUGCCACGUCUCCGGAAGCUGCGAAGGGAGAAAGCCAUAAAAGACUAUAGAAUGAAUGAGGAUGGUUUUUUGAUCAGACCAGCCAUGGAAUUAAAAGAGAGAAAUGAUCCACACAAGGAUGGAAACUACAGAGAUGAUGGGAAAUGCUUUCCCACCGAUAAAGCGGUAUCUCAAAUUACAUCCUUCUACAAUCUGAAUGCAACUGUGGAUUUUUUUGUUGUUGUUGUUCCUACAAAGUUGGUGAACUUUGUAGUUUUUCCUAAGGAGCAGAUCCUUGAAUGUAGUAUGCUGAAUGCAACUGUGGAUUUUUUUGUUGUUGUUGUUCCUACAAAGUUGGUGAACUUUGUAGUUUUUCCUAAGGAGCAGAUCCUUGAAUGUAGUAUGGCCACUUGCAUGGAGCUGCCAGAGGAGCUGCGUCAGCUGCCACGUCUCCGGAAGCUGCGAAGGGAGAAAGCCAUAAAAGACUAUAGAAUGAAUGAGGAUGGUUUUUUGAUCAGACCAGCCAUGGAAUUAAAAGAGAGAAAUGAUCCACACAAGGAUGGAAACUACAGAGAUGAUGGGAAAUGCUUUCCCACCGAUAAAGCGGUAUCUCAAAUUACAUCCUUCUACAAUUAGGAAAUCAAAAUCAAGAAACCUUAAACUGACCUCAGGCUGUCUGUCUAAAUCUAAUUUCUGAUACAGGUGACUUGCUGAGCUCAGGCUGGGUAUUUGAAGACAUCCAAAUGAAAAAUAAAAAAGCGGGGGGGGGACAACUAUUCCCCAUGCAGAAGUGUCAAACAAAAGUUCCCUUCUUUACAAUCACAGGUAAACCCAUUGUUGAAUGGAAAUAGUGAUGGCCUUUCUUUCGAAGGAAAUUCCUUCUGUGUCUGACUGUUCUUCUCAGGAUCUAUUUCUGAGGUCCAUUUCUUUCAAGAGCUAUUUUUGAUUUUAAAACAAGUGUCUCUUCUUACGUUGGCAUCAGACCAAUGUCUUAAAUUGUAUUGGUUCUUUUGUUACCAGCUGCAGGUAUGUAAAACUCAUCCAAUCCAGAUACAUAAACAGGGGACCUUAUAAGAUGCCUGUUAAGAUUAGAAGAUAAGAUUAGAAAGGGUUUGCUUGGAAAAAUGAAAAAAAAAAACCCACCUUCUGGGCAAAAAAAACCCCACCUUGGUUUAUAUACAGAUAAGUCUUUUGGCGUAGCUACACAACAGUCUUUCAUGGGGAAGUGAAAAAGGUGACACCCUAAAGAACCACUGUGUUGGCAAGAACAGCAAAGAGGUGGACAAAGUAUCAGGAGUUUUCUGCCAAGUCAGAGUUAUUUUAGGCUGAGAAAAGAAGCUUCCUGCUGAAAGCUGGACGCCACUGCUGUUUGUCAGCACUGCUGUAUCAAACUUGUGCAGAUACAGCUGUAACACGAAUGUGGUGUGUAGAUGGACAAGUGUGUAUAAAGGAGGGGGAGAAAGCAGUUAAUUUAAAAGGUGUAUAGUAUUCCAACCCAAGCAAAGCAAGAUAGAAAGGCAAAACCAGUUUAUUUCCAGUAUACUUCAUUUGGAUGGCAUACACUAAAUGUAAAGCUCCUCCAACUGAUAGUACAAGUCUACCACAUGACAAAAUUGAUGCAGGCCAUACCUGAAUCUUGGAAAGCUUUUUUUUUUUUUGGCAUAUGGCUGUAUCUGACUUGCAAGCACAGGACUGUUGAAAACGUUUUGCUUUUGAAAUUCUAAAUUUAUCCACAUGUAUGCAUUUAAAUGCAUAAAAAGUAUGGCAAUGUUUUGCCAUUCUAAUGCUUCAGACAGGGUGGGGAGCACCUUAUUCAAGCAUAAGGAAGGGUUUGUUCUCAGGGUUGUGCCUGUGACUAUGGGUGGAUGCUGAUGAACGAUGUGAAAUAGGGAAGAACAGAGGAGUUAAGGGUCCCUGUCCCAGCCAGACACCCCAGUCCAGGAACAACCUGGGCCCUGGGUUGCAAGGGAUGUGAUGUUUCCAUGUGAGUACGUACCAAUUCCUGUUGGAGUUGCUUAGCUCUGGGUGUGCAUUGGGGUGAUGAAAUGCUUAUGAUAUAUCCAUGUGCAUUUCUUUCCAAUAUUGUUAGGGAUAAUUUGUUAGUUUUGGGGUUUGUGGUUUUUCCCUCUCCGCAAAGAGAACUAGAACAGCAGCAUUUAAAUAGGUCUCUUUGAAACUACAGAACGGACUUGCUCACUUCCAGGAGGGGCAGGACUUCCAAGUUUUGUUGUCUUUACAUCUUCUGCAUUGUCGGUUGGGUUGUUUUUAAAAACACUUAACAGUAUUCAGUGACCAAACUGUUUAGUGCUUUUGACUCAGUUCACUUUAGAAUAAAAAAGGUUUGAAACAA